AACACUGUUCUGAAAAGGAAGAGCCUUUUCGUCGCUUCGGUGAAUGUUGUUAAAUUCGGUGACCGCGAGGUAAACGAGGUAGAACUAAAACACGAUGGCGAAAUUCGACUUAACGUUCCGUAUAGCUCAAUAUCUUGAUCGACACCUUGUGUUUCCUCUGUUGGAAUUUUUAUCGGCUAAACAGAUUUAUGACGAGGAUGAGCUGUUGCACGCAAAACUCGAUAUUCUGAGCAAAACGAACAUGAUUGACUAUACGAUCGACAUUAGACAGCAACUUUACCCCAAUCUGGAAAUACCGGAGGAAUUAAAAGCCAGACGUGCUGAUGUACUCCAAGAGCUUAGUACGCUCCAGGACAGUGUUCCAGGUUCAGUGGUUGUAGCUCUUAUGAAUGAUGAGGAAGUUAUGAAGAAGAUGGAGAAUAUGCGAGACUCCAAAACAUUUAAUAAUUAUCUUACUCAGGAAUCAGAUUUCAAGGUGGAGAUGAUGGAUAGCUUCGUACAGUUAGCAAAGUAUCGCUAUGAAUGCGGCAAUUAUUCAGUUUCGACCUCAUACUUGUAUUUCUAUAUGCUGAUUAUGCCACCUACUGAUAAGAACUAUUUAAAUGUCUUAUGGGGAAAAUUAGCAUCGGAGGUCCUUGUACAGAAUUGGGAAACAGCUCUGGAGGAUGUGAACAAGCUGCGGGAAUACAUAGACAGUAAUGUUAUUGGUAAUUCGCUUCAAGUAUUGCAGCAACGCACAUGGCUCAUUCAUUGGAGUUUAUUUGUGUUUUUCAACCAUGUAAAGGGGAGAGAUCUCAUUAUCGAGAUGUUUCUCUAUCGACCACACUAUUUAAAUGCUAUUCAGACAAUGUGUCCACAUAUACUUCGUUACUUGGCUGCUGCUGUUAUCGUUAAUCGUUCUAGAAGAUCAAUUUUGAAGGAUCUCGUAAAAGUCAUACAACAGGAAUCUUAUACGUACCGAGACCCCAUCACAGAAUUUCUCGAACAUCUGUACGUUAAUUUCGACUUUGACGGUGCCCGGCAAAAACUGCAGGAAUGCCAGACUGUUGUCUUCAAUGAUUUCUUCCUGAUUGCUCUGUUGAAUGAAUUCGUAGAGAAUGCUCGACUAAUGAUUUUCGAGACGUUCUGUAGAAUUCAUCAGUGUAUCAGUAUCGGGAUGCUCGCGGAGAAGUUGAACAUGAAGGCAGACGUAGCGGAGUGUUGGAUUGUGAAUUUGAUUCGUAACGCACGCUUGGACGCUAAGAUCGAUAGCAAGUUGGGACAUGUGGUAAUGGGAGGACAGCCGGCAUCUCCGUAUCAGCAAUUGGUGGAGAGAAUUGAGGCCUUGAGCGUACGAAGCGAGGCAUUAGAGAAUCUAAUCGAGAGAAAAGUGAAGGCGAAAACUCAAGAUCCAUAUCAACACUCGUGGAACUUGGACUUGUGACAUCUCGACACGAUAUGGAAGAGCAAGACGCAAAAGAAGUAUUCCACGAACGACUAUUUGCAAUGAACAGGAUUGAUGUACCACCAUGUACCUUCCAAAUGUAAAGAAAUGAAGAUCAGCGUCACCGUGAAAAGAAAAAAAGAAAAGAAUUUUUAUUCGUUGGUCAAACCUAACAUCGAAAUAUAUGUACACGUAUAAAAGGUAGAAAUUCAUCCUGUAACUGAUAACUCUCAACACUCUAACGAUAAGCAAGUCGUAACAUUUCGUAAAAGAAAAUAUCGCUUUUGUUUAAUGUGUAUAUAUAAUUAUAUUUUUAAGAUUAAGGAUUAUAAACAAACAAUCGGGUCUCUCCAAAAUAUAUUUAUGCUAAUACAUAAAGUUACCGCGAUAAAAAUAAGGAGACAGUGUAUCUGAGAAUUUUAAGAAGGAACUUCA